UUUCUCAUAGUCUUGUUGGUGUAGUUGUAGUCUGUUCUGUUCAGUUCAGUCUUUCGACUCUGUUAUUUGUGUUUAUAUCUGCACGCCGUACCUGCACGUAAAAAUGUAUAACAGGCUUUAAUUUAAUAUAACGUUUUUAAUUUGGUUCUGGCAAGUAUUUAAUAUUUUAUAAGAUUUAAGGUAACCCAAUAAUGUACAAACUUGGGUGAAUUAAUCAUUAAUUUCAACACUAAAUUGGUAAUAAGUAGGCCUACCAGGUAAAAUUCCAACUUGGCUGAAGAAGGCUGUUCUAACAGGUAAAUAGAAAAUGAUUGCGGCAAAAGAUAGGAAGAUACAUUCCACCAGCAGUUGUGAAGAUGUUGCAUCACACUCCUUAAACAUCACUGAAGAUAUUGUAACAAGCUCGUUCCAUAGUGGUGAUUACAUAACAAGUUCAACCAGUGAAGACAGUGGGUUCGACAAUGGUUUCUUAUCUGACAGCAGUUCCUCUUCAGGAAAUGUUGAGUGUUGUACAUCAUGUGUGUUUUUGAGCUCAAGAAAACAAAAAGAUCUCUCAGGUCGGUCCCACCAUAAGUGCAUUUUGAACUCUUAUGAUAUAUCAGGUCACAAUAUCGAAACUAUAUCUGCGAGGACUUUUCUAUACUUAGCGAACUGUAUUACGAAGUUAAAUCUCAGCAACAAUAAUUUAAGUAGUUUGCCUCAAACACUGUGCCAGCUUAAAAACCUGGAGGAGUUGAAUUUGUCCUUUAAUGAAUUUUACUGUGUGCCUAACUCCUGGAAAGUACUGCAUAAAUUGAAAGUAUUGAAACUAUCUCACAAUCGGUUCAGUGACCCACCGUCAUGUCUAGAACUCGGGAUGGAACAUCUCGUACACUUGGAUCUCUCUUAUAACAAGAUCUCAGAGUUUGCGAACUCGCCUAAAUGUUUAACAUCCUUGCAGUAUUUGAAUUUGAGCAACAACAAUUUUUUGUCAUUGCCACUAUGGAUUUUCAGUGAUCGAUGCAGAUCUUUAGCAGAGCUUGAUAUGUCAUUCAAUUUCUGCUUUGAUGAAAAAGUUGUUCAAAAGCAUUUACCUUAUUUAAAACACCACCGAACAUCUGCAUUAAAAACCUUACAAAGGUUGGACAUUUCCAACACUGGUUGUAAACUUGAAAUGAUCAGUUACCUUUCGCAGUUUGAGUCUUUGGAGAGUUUAUACCUCGGAAACGUUUCAGGACCCCACUCCACUUUUAAUCACUUUUGGGAGAUCUCUAUCGGUAUGUUUUUCCAUCCUGCUAAUGUUGUAGAACUCCAUUUACCAAAUAUAGGGCUUGCUGGUCUGCCCGAGAACAUUUUUGAACUGAAAAAUCUGAAAAUUUUGGAUUUGUCUCAAAACCAUAUUGAUUGGUUGCCGGAGAGUUUUGGAAAAUUGAGUAGUCUCGAAGAGCUUAUAAUAUCCAAGUGUAAUGUAACAUACUUGCCUGAAAACUUCAACCAAAUCAGCAGUUUGAAGAAGCUACUGUUGGAUCAUAAUAAGUUGACAGAUGUGCGGAACGAACUUACUGGUCUUCUGGAGUUAAAAUGGCUGGAUCUGUACGACAAUAUGCUGGAAGAGUUCCCUAUCCCUCUGGAAAAUUUGAUGGCACUGGAAAAGCUGGAUGUUGCAGACAACUACGUUGACUUAGAGACAGUUCUGGAUUGCAUGGUACAUGGAGAGAGAAUGCUGGAUGUUUACAAUCGACUGCAGGCCAGUCUACGAGUGGCAAACUCAGAAUAUUCUGAUCGUAAAAACAUUUGCAAGGUCUUGGCUAGUAGUUGGGACAGUUAUGAAUCAGUUAACAAGAGCUACUACAGUGAAGAUGAUCUGUCAUCAGUACCAGAGCCUGGACACUUGGAGUCUGUCUUUACUGGUGAUGAUGAAGAGAACUGGGAAGUUGACUCGAGUUCCAGCAACGAUUAUUUUGAUCCAAGUAAUGUGCCUCGUUACUUCCUAACUCCUGGUCAGUUCAAGUUCGGGUGGAAACCCCCAAUACAAGUCCGAGAAUGUAACAUCCCCAUUUCACUAGUGUUGAGUGGCUUCGUUUACGUGCCAGGCCAGGCACACGUCCAGACCUCAAAACACCACAGGGUGGAUCUCAGGUCUCUGCCGUGCCUCGAGGGACAGUUCAGUGACUCAGAGGAAGAAGAAUCUUUAGUGGAGCAGACAAAGGAGUCUUUAAUGGACUGCCUAAAGCGUCUCCUGAUGUUCGUAAGAAAUCCUGGUGGUCCCAUUGUAAAACGUUGCAAAUUUUGUGCCAUUUAUGAAGACUGUUGGCACCACGGGCGAUGGAUAAGUUUUUGAUCCCUCCUCAAACUGCUGGUGAUGCUCUUGUUAUUGUUUAUAUUGAUUUUAUGUUAUAUGUUUUGUAAAUAUGUGUAACUUGGUAUGUUCAGAUUGUCAUGUGCACACUCAUUCGUUGUAUUCGUCAAAUUAUGAUGUUAAACUUUUGUAAUUAUUUAUUUUUCUGUUGUUUUUUUAUGUAUAAUGUUCAAUUGUGAUUCUAUUGUAUUGUAGAGAUUUAAAAUCUUUGUAGUAGAGAUGGGCUCAAUCCGAUUUUUAGCCAGCCCUUUUUUUGAGCUCCAGUAUUGAUCAUUGAAUUGGUCUCAAUAUUUAGUAAACUCUUAAGUUGUUAGCACUUUUGAUUAACUGCUAAUAUGUUUUUGAUUAAAUUAUCUAGAAGAAUCAGUUGAUUCAGCGUCACUAUAAGAUAUUUGAAAUGUAGCUUAUGGUGUAUUUUUAGACCACAGAUUUUGACCUAUAAAUUGGUAUUAAUAUUUAUUAUGCUUAUACAACCUGCACACAAAUUUGAAAUUAAAUGUGUUCAGUCGAACUGUUUUUUAGUAACAAAGAUAUAAAAAAAUUGCAAUAUUUUAUGUACUGUCACAUAUCAUCUAUUAUCCUUAAAUCUAAAAUUGUAUUUAAAACAUUUUGUUUUAAUACUUAAAAUAUAUGUAAAACUAUAUAUUAAGCACCUAUAAAUUAAGUAACAACUUGUUAUGAAACCAAUAUAAUUCUCAAUUAAUAUCUGGGAUGCUGUGAUCAUUAUUAUAUGAAAAUGCACUUGACAUUUUUCAAACUUUAAUAUUUCUGUGUGGUUUCCAAUUGUUUUAAUCUGGGCUUGUGUAUUUAUUUUAAAUAGAUGAAAGUCAUAAGCACAAAGUUGAGUAUUAAGGAUAUUGCAUGACAAUAAAAAUGAUUUUGUUAUUUAUCAAUCUAUAUAAAACCGUGCAAAUUAACAGAGCUGGCUGCCAAAUUGGUGUGAAUUUUGGUUAGACUUUAAGUAAAUUUAAUUAUACCUUCAUAUUCAAGAAUUGACAAUUGUUGGAUUUUACUCUUCUCGAACUUUGUAUUAUUACUUCAAUACUAAUUAAAUGUUUACUGUGUUUAAUGUCAGUAUCAUUUAUUUAAUUAAUUGGAUUGUUAGCCAAGCUAAUUUCAUCUAUGUAAUUCUCAAAGUAAUUGUAAAGUUGUUUUGUAUCCAACACCAAAAGUGAAGGUUUUAUAAACAGUUCAUAAGCUCAUUAGGUGUAAGUUACACUAUAUAGAAUUAAAUGAAUGUAAUUUUCGAAAUAAACAAAAUAUUUACUAGA